AUGGCACUCAAACGCAGUGGGUUAUCGUUUAGUGCCGAAUUCAAGCAAUAUUUUCUCCGAACUUCAUAUGAUCGGAUCAACAGUACAUAUAAUCAAUUUGAGUUCGAAUCGAUGGUUGAAGAUCAAAUCGAAAUUGGUUCCAAUGCGACCAAGCCAAGCUCAAUUCAAACGAAUGGUCAUUGCAUGACUGAUCCAGUCAAAAUCACCGAAUCAAGUGAUGAGGAAGAUGGUGCAAUAGGUCAGCCGAAACUCGAACAGUUAGAGACCACAUCUGAUUUUCAGUACGAUACUACUGACAGAACAUCUGGAUUAAACGACUUUGUGUACGAUGACGACGAUGGAAGCUACACUGAUGUCAAGUCCAAUGGUGUCGACAGCCCAAAAGAUGACUCGCAAAGCGGAGAUGAAGAAACCGACGUAAUGAUGGAAAUGGAUGACUUUCCGAUGACUGUAUUUGAUGUGAAUCGCGAUACGAACUCAAGAAACGAACGUACAUGCACUGUAACUUCGAACAAUCGAUCAAAUGUCGUUGAUGACGCCCAAAAAACUCCUUCGGUUUUGACUCAAGAAUCAUUGAAAAAUAAAAAUCCAAACAAGUUGACGAUAAAGAAGCGAUUCAAGUGCGAAUUUUGUGAAUAUUCCAGCAAUUACAAAGGAAAUCUCAAUAAACACACGCGUACUCACACCGGCGAGAAACCGUAUCGAUGUGAUAUUUGCCACAAAAAAUUCACAAGAAUGGAACAGUUGAAGAAGCAUAAAGCGACUCACACUGAACAAGUCCCGUUCCAUUGCCGUGGCUGUUUCCAAGGAUUUUCUCAGAAGGCCGAAAGAGAUGGUCACGAAAAACGGUCAGAAACCGUUUCGAUGCGAGAUAUGCAUGAAGCGAUAUACAGCAAAAAACAGUCUGAAAAAUCAUUUAUCUAA